UCUUCCACCAACCAUUUCUGAAUCUGCCUGAGAUAGACAGCAUCGCUCUCGUGUUCGGCCGAGCCCUCUCACCCAGGCAUAUGGCACUUAAAGCCUCUUUUCUUUCUUCUAUUUGUGUCCCCACCACUCUUUAAAAAUUCCGCCGAAAAAGAGAAGACGAUUUUCCAAAUCUUUCAGGCCGUUAUCUCACGGCUCCCCACUCUCUCUGCGAGUGUAUAAGCGAUACCCAGAAGGCCUAGGGGAGGCCCUCUACCGCGAGCUGUUCGACUUCAACGCUGAGCCGCCUUGGGAUCCUAGUUGAUAGCGGGAGAGGACCAUCUCCCACCUUGUCCAUUUUGUUGCAUACCCAGAAUACCCCAGCGGCUCAGUAAACUCUCUAUGAUUGUCGGAUUUGCGGAAUACGGUUGAGAUGAAAGGAUUCGUUGAUGCACCAAACUACUUUAUAGAACUACUUGAGGGAGGUACGACCCUUGAAAAUGUUAUCGACAACCACGUCUAUGAACAAAAUCUGGCUGAAAAAAAUGCAUUUGUUGUGGCCGACCUUGGGGCCCUAAUGCGACAGCAUGUUUUGUGGAAGACCACUAUGCCCCUAGUUCGACCCUUCUACCCAGUCUGUUGUAACAGCAGCCCUGUAGUCAUUGAAGUCCUGUCUGCACUUGGUGUUGGUUUUGUCUGUGCAAAUAAGGCUGAAACCACAUUGGUGUUGGAUCAUGAUGUCCCUCCUGAAAACAUCAUCCUCUCUGGAGUUUGCAAGCAGCUCUCACUCAUUAAACACGCUGCCAAGAACGGCAUUAACUAUCUGGUGUGUGAAAAUGAGGCAGACCUUCGCAAAAUUGCCCGCGCCCAUCCUGAGGCCAAGCUUUUGCUUCAAGUGUCUACUGAAUCACAGGUGGAAGAGGCGAGUGUGACCAUUGGUUGCUCCCUGAAGGGCUGUAGACACCUUCUAGAAAUGGCCAAGGAGUUGAGUGUAAAUGUGGUUGGAGUCACGUUCCAGGUGUUAGCAUCAUGCAGAGAUCCCCAAGCAUACACCCAUGCACUGUCAGACGCUCGCUGCAUCUUUGACAUGGGGAAGGAAUUAGGCUUUGACAUGAACAUCUUGGAUAUUGGUGGAGGAUUCAGUGGUUCUGAGUUUCAGUUGCAACAGGUACAUUCUGUUGUCAAACCUCUGCUGGAAGCCUAUUUCCCCUCAGCGUCUGGAGUGAGCGUCAUUGCUGAACCAGGGAAUUUCUUUGUGUUUUCCUCCUUCACCCUGGCUGUCAAUGUUAUUGGCAAAAAAGUGGCAUGCCGGGAUCUCCUUAGCACCACACAUGAUGAGCUGACCCCAAACGACGUACCAGAAUUUGUGUAUUACAUGAACGAUGGUGUUUAUGGAACUUUUGUUGGGAAGUUGUUUGGAAAUGUCAUCGCCACACCCUCUGUCCACAAGAUGUCGCUCACCCUUGAUGAGCCUGUGUUCUCCAGCAGCUUGUGGGGUCCGUCGUGUGACCCACUGGACCAGGUGGUGGAGCACUGCCUGCUCCCUGAGCUCGCUGUUGGGGACUGGCUCAUUUUCAGCAACAUGGGGACAAGCGGUCAGGAGGCCAGCUUCAGCGACGCAGACCAGCCACCUGUGUAUUACACCAUCUCCACAGAUGACUGGUUUGAGAUGCAAGAGGCGGGAAUUUCUCUUGAUGACACCAUGAAGAACCUCUCUUUGGUCCAGUAUGGCUUGUAACAGAGCCAGAGUCUGUCCACUAACCACUGGGCAUGUGAAUUGCUUGCAGAGUCAACAUUCCAUGGGUGGAAAAUUCUAUUUGACUUGAUGUUAUUGGUCAAAAUCUAAUUGAUUGACAUUGUUACCUCAGUUUCUCACAAUUACAACAGGUUCACUUUCCUUUUUGCUCAAAAAUGACAGAAAACCCAUAUAAGAAAACAUAUGCAACAAAAUGGAUGACUGUGGAGAUGGCACCCAAAUCCUGGGUUUCUUAAACACCGUUUACAUAAAUGUUCAACUAAUUUAAUUUUAUUAUGUAUACAUAUAUUGAUAUAGAUGAUCUACUGACAGUCUUUUUAAAUGAUUUGUCCGUACAAGAUGCAUUUGUUUCAAAUCAUGAUGGAUUUUAGAUUCUGCACAUAUAGGCCAUGACCCUCAUUGUGUGAACAAGUGUACGUUGGUUUAGCGGUCUGUCCUUGUUCUCUCUUUUUAGUUUUCCAUGGUUUUAUAGAAGGAGCUUCUCUUCGCCCCUCAUGCCAAAUUAUGGUUUCCUAAUUACAUGUGGUGCGUCACGUGACAGUAUUUCCAAAGGUUGUUAAAUAUUUCAUAGUGCUCUAAGGUAGAGUGUGCUAUAAUUUGCAGUGUCCCUUCAAAAGAUGUUGAACCUUCUGCCAGGUUGUUAGUAGAAGGCAGAUGUAAAUUGGUCUCACGUUUUCCCUAUUUAAUUGUAUAUUUUAUAAAACUAGAAAAAUGGCGUGGUGUUAUGACUCUGCUGAUAACCUGCUUAGAGAUGACAUUUACCUUAAGUUACACUUAAAAUACAAGUUUCACCACAAUCAGAAUAUAUACUACAAGGCACUAGUUCUCAAUCUAAAAUUAAAAAGUCAAAUGGUGUAUAUUUCAAAUUCAUGUUAUACCUCAUGGUGUUCAAGUUUGAUUAUAACAGCUCACGGUUUUAUAAAAUCACACCCCUUAAUGAAAUAUACUUUUGUCUAAGGCACUAAUGGACCAUUGCCUGUUUUUGAGUGUAAAAUUGUGCUUGUAAAAGUGAUUAAAAUAUUAAUUUAAUACAUUUCUGAGCAAA